AUACUCGUGGUCGACUGGUCGUCUGCUCGAAAUUACACGUUUAGAAUUUGGAACGAAUAACAAGCAAAAUCUGUUUAAUUCAAAAGAUUUUGCAUUAGUUUUGUUUUAAGUUGUAGCACUUGAAGAUCUUUAUCCAUUUGGUUUUAGUUUUUAGUUUGAGGUCUUUUGUAAUCCAGUGUAGGCUUUGAACAUCGAACAUGUCAGCCGAUGAUGUUUUGGACGAUAUCGAAGACAUUGUAGGAGAAGGAGAUUUGACUGCAUUAGAAAGAUCUGUAGCAAGAUCUAAUGCUGUUGGGAAACGAGUAAAAAAAACUCCCAACAACAAAGAUCCUGCCAAGUCCAAUAAAGUUAUCCCCAAGGUGGAGGAGAAUGGAAGCAUUAUUCCUGGCACCCAAAAAAUCUGGGUUAAAACAUGGGGCUGUGCACACAAUAAUUCUGAUUCUGAAUACAUGGCAGGACAGCUGGCUGCUUAUGGAUAUUCAUUAACUGAUGAAAAAUAUGAGGCAGAUUUGUGGCUUCUCAAUUCGUGCACUGUUAAAACACCUGCAGAGGACCACUUCAAAAAUGAAAUUGAUGAUGGGAGAGCCAGAGGCACUCCAGUUGUUGUGGCUGGAUGUGUUCCACAGGGACAACCUAAAGCAAAUUACUUGCAAGGAUUAAGUAUCAUUGGGGUUCAGCAAAUAGACAGAGUAGUUGAAGUGGUAGAGGAAACUUUAAAAGGCCAUUCCGUUCGUCUUUUGGGCACGAAAAAGGACGCAGAGAAGAAAAAAACUGGAGGAGCUUCGUUGCUGUUGCCCAAAAUUCGAAAGAACCCUUUGAUAGAAAUCAUCCCAAUCAACACAGGCUGUCUGAAUCAGUGCACAUAUUGUAAAACCAAACACGCACGCGGAGAAUUGGGGAGUUAUCCACCAGAAGAAAUUGUAGCUCGAGCUAUCCAGUCUUUCCAGGAAGGCGUUUGUGAGAUUUGGUUGACAUCCGAAGACACGGGCGCCUAUGGAAGAGACAUUGGUAGUUCAUUGCCGGAACUCUUGAGGCAACUCGUUCAAGUUAUUCCGGAUGGAUGCAUGCUUCGGUUAGGCAUGACCAAUCCGCCUUACAUCCUUGAACAUCUUGAGGCGAUAGCUGAAAUUCUAAACCACCCCCGAGUUUACGCUUUCCUCCACUUGCCCGUUCAAUCCGGCAGUGAUUGCGUCCUCACUGACAUGAAACGAGAAUACUGCGUAGCUGAUUUUGAGAGAGUCGUAAAUUUUCUUCGAGAGCGUGUUCCGGGCAUUUCAAUCGCCACUGACAUAAUUUGUGGAUUCCCUACCGAAACGGAACAAGAUUUUGAUUUGACGAUGGAACUUUGUUCCAAACAUCGUUUCCCUAGUUUAUUCAUUAAUCAAUUCUUCCCGCGGGUAGGCACGCCCGCCUAUCGCAUGGAACGCGUUCCAACUAAACAGGUGAAAAAUCGAACGAAACGACUUAGCGAAUUAUUCAAGUCAUAUCAACCAUAUGAUGAUCAAGUUGGCCAACGGCAGUCCGUUCUGGUUACGGACAUCUCUCACGAUAAGAAUUAUUACGUUGGACACAACAAGGAAUACGUUCAGGUGCUAGUCCCGAUGGAGCCAAACUACAUGGGGAAAAUGGUAGAGGUUCUCAUAACUUCUGCCAGCAAGUUUUCGUUAAUGAGCGAACCUCUGACUAGUCCUAAACGUCCAGACGUCCCAGAAGCCCUUGAAAAGGGCCAGAUAUCCGGACUAGCAGCUUCCAACAUCAGUAGCAAUCCUGGUGCUCUAUCAUCCAGCAGUUUGAGUGGGAGACUGUGGCCUAUUCUGGGCAUUUCGUCCGUCAUUGGUCUUAGAUUGGCAUGGAUUUUUUACUGGCGUGGACGCCGAUAAAGAAACAACCGGCAAUUUCACCAUUUCCUUAUUUUCCGUUGCUGGUUCAUACAAAAUUCUUAUUAUUAUUUGUACAGCAAUUGUGUGGCGUUUAAGUCUCUUUCUGACCUUGCCACUGGAGGGUUCUUUGCCCUUUGGAUGUUUUCUUUUUAAAUUUUGCUUUAUGGUCAACAAGGAAAGAGAAACAAAAUGAACUCAACUUAGUGUGUCAAAAGUCUUUAAUCUUAUCUCUUUCUUUUUCUCCCGUGCCUGUGUUUGACGUUUACAGUACACGGGCACAUCCUCA